AGUCCUUCAGAAGAUGUUCCCCUUGGCAGUGGCAGCUAUGAAAGCCAAAGCUUAACUCAGGAUCUGAAAGAGAGGCUAAGGGGAAGAAGAGGCUGCUUUCCACGAACUCAGGUUGGUGUGAAGACCUGAUCAUGGAGACCAUCUCGAUGUCUCUUUCAAUAGAGUAGGGCCUUCAAUCCUCAGCCCUUCUGCAGAGGCAGCGGCUUGACCUUUGGCUCCAUACUUCUAUGCAGGCAUGGGGGAUAUCGUGGAAGACAUGGGAAAGCAGCUGCAGGCCAACAACAUCCGCAUCAGCAUCCUGGAAGAAGAAAAUUCGCGCCUCCGAACUGCUGUUGCCAAGAUGAAGGAGGUGGCACAGCAGGAAGCGCCAAAACUUGUACCUCCAACCCAGCUGUGGAUUCACUCUGCAGAAGCUGGGCAUGAAGACAGCACAGUGCAGUCUCCCACAGGCAGGCAACGUUUAGUAAUGGGUUUCCAGAGAGCAUCAGCAAAGUCUCCUAAUAAUCAAGAUGGAUUGGGAAGCAGAGCUCAGAACAGAUCUCGGAGCAGCCAUACCCCCAGCAGAGACAGCUCUGCCUCCCACAGGACAUCUCUUGGCCCUCUGGAAAAGUCAUCCUCCUCCAUGCAGGCUGCCCCAAAGGUAGCGUUCCAGUUCAGCUUUCCUUGCGAGGACUCAGCUGGGGGCGCCAGAGGGAAGGGCAAAAGCAAAGGCAGAUCCUCAGCCCAUUGCACCAGGAACCACCAGAAAUAAAAGUAUUCAAGAGGAACAAUUUUGGAUGCUUGCCAAGAACGUCACUGGGAUUCUGCAGUGAGGCAGGGCCUGGAGCUUGGUGGUCAAGAAGAGCACAUGGUGACUGGAGCACAUGGGAGCAACAAGCUGAUGUAUCCUGCCCUGAACCAUUGGUUUUGGAGGUUGCUGUGGUUGGUUGGUGAAGGGGGGGCACUUUGUAAAGGUAACGCCCUGUGCCUGAUUCACAAAGGAUUUCUUGAACAGCAUUAUAGUUGUUGAGGGUAUGGAGAGGGAUUUAGUAGUGUCUUUACCUUCUGCAAAAGACCUAAAAGAAUGUUCAGGGGUACCAGAAAAGAGGUGGGGGUGAUUGGGAGUUGGGGUUUCAAUUAAAAAAAUGACAGGUCUUGGUAUGCCAUGAACAUUGCUGUUUGUAAGCAUCAGAAGAAACAAGGCUGGGGAGAGAAAUUAGCUCUUUCUUCUCAUGCUCUGUCACAUCCAGGACUACUGUAGGCAGAAGCCACUGGCUACCUAGCCCAUCUCCUCUUGGGGAUCACUGGUUCUAAACAGGGCCCCCCUUAGGGGCUAGGAAGUUGCUAAGGAGAUUUGGAGCACCAACAUCUGCCAGUGCAUGCCACUGCUGAAGAAGUUGGGUAGCUUAGUAUUGAUUGGCAGUCCUGGGUGGCGGCCAGCCUUCCCUCACAGGCAACUUUCCCCCCACUUGUUAGGAAGUUGUUGGACUAGAUUCUGCCCAAGUCCAGAAAAAUGACAAAGGAAAAAAACCAAUAUGCUGAGAAUUUUUUAAAAAGCAAGUUUCUAGACUUUCUGCCUGAGAAGAUAGGCACCAUUUCAGGAGGCCGCACGUUGCAUAUUUGCAUGAGUUCACGUUAGUAUCUUUCUGAGCUAGAGGCAUGGUAAUCCAGAAACAAAGACGAUGGCCACUUCUUACAUUUUCAUACUACGUAAGUAAACAAUUUGGAGUAUAAUUAUGAAUUCAGAAAAUAAAGGAUGUCCAGGGUUCAGUCCUUUGAGAAACAUUUCCCCCUUCCUCUUAUCCCAGCAAAUAACACUGUCAUGAUUUAGCCAUUGUCCCCAAACAGGAUUUCUUCUG